UUAUGAUGGCUUUAUUGAAAUCUAUAAAUUAUUUUCCAAAAAUAACUGUAAAGAAAGGAGGAAUAAUUAACGCUUCAAUUCCUACCAAACAUAUGGAUUGCAGAAGGCCGCUGGAUUCUGAAAUGUCCUAAAUCCGACCGACUCCAAAUAAUACACAAAAUUACAUAAGAGGCCAUCACAUCGCCUCGUGGAGUUUCUCCUCCAUCGGACACCACCCUUCACCGCCCAAAACCGCCAUUUCGCAUUACCCACUUCUUCUUUCCCCGAUAUACCUUGUUUGGAUUAUCCGAUCUAGACUUCCUCUCUCUCAAAUUAGCAGGUAUCUUCUCUGUUACAAUAGAUUUCGUUUUCCUCUUUAGAUCCCGACGAAUUUAUUAUUAUUUUUUUUUUUUUAUAUUGAUUCUAUAAAAAGGAGGACAAAAUGAACUCCAACUAUGGGAAAGGUUCAUCUGGGUCCUUAAACAACUUCAAUUUUGAUUUCGGGCUCGGCUCCAACCGAUCCAAAUCCCUCAACGAGCAAAAGAACCAAACUUCCUCUUCAUAUUCGUCAUAUACAUCAACAACUACGCAACCAAAGCCCGCGUGGCAACCGAACAAACCUUCCUGGACUCACCAACCCUCACCGACUCAACCUGCUCGGUCUGGGCUUAGCGGACCAACUCCGAUGGUGGGCGAUAUAUUUGGGAAGAGCUGGAAUUCAACUGCUUCAGGUUCUGGGAUUGGGAUCGCGGAGAAGAACCCGAAUUUGUUUGGGGAUCUGGUUAGCUCUGCUUUGGGGCAGGGAAAUAAGGGCAACAGCAAUGUUCCUUUGAAAAAUGUUACACCCACAUCGAAUAAUAGUGCAUAUUCGGUGGGGAAUCUGGCCGAUUCAUUGCCAAAAACGAGUAAUUCAGUGAACAGUGGUAAAAGUUGGGGAUCUAAUGAUAAUUUGGGGAGUUAUUCCGGUGGAUACAAUAUGAAUAGUACUGCUGUUAAUGCUACUGGUAUAGGUAAUGCCAAUGUUAGUAGUAACAAGAGUCCAAAUCUUGGCGGCCCUUCAAUGAAAAGUAUGAGUGUAAGUGGACUUGGAGGUGGAGUGGGUGGAAACAGGGAUCCAUUUGGUUCUUUGGUUGAUUUUGGAUCAAAACAACAAUCUGGUGGUCUUAAUUCGGCAAGCAAAACUGGUAAGACUAGUGCUGGAGAUAAUGCAUUUGGAGAUUUUCAAAAUGCUGCAAAACCGAGCACAACAGCAGUUCCAUCAGGUGGUUUUGGUGCAAAGAACAAUGAUUUCUUGGGAUCAAAUAUCAGUACCAAUUCGAAUGUUGAUGAUUUUGGGAUGCCCGACAUUGACUUUGCUUCUCAGAAGCAGACACCUGUUCAAACUUCGGGUGGGGAUCCACUUGAUAUGUUCUUUUCCUCUUCCGCUGGAGGUGCUGGAACAGCAUCUGGAGGAGCGACAGGGCAGCAUUUCUCAGAAGUUGAUGAUUGGGGAUUGGAUUCAGAUUUUGGAGGAGGAGCUGGAAAUGAUUCAGGUGGUGCCACCACUGAGCUUGAAGGGCUUCCACCUCCUCCUGCUGGGGUCACAGCUUCUGCAGCAAAGAACAAGGGUAUUGAUAACCAAAAGCAGGGGCAAUAUGCGGAUGCCAUCAAGUGGUUGUCUUGGGCUGUAGUACUUCUUGAGAAAACUGGUGAUCAGACUUCCACCGUGGAGGUUUUAUCUUGCAGAGCUUCAUGUUAUAAAGAAGUUGGAGAGUAUAAGAAGGCUGUGGCUGACUGUACAAAGGUGCUUGAACAUGAUGAUGCAAAUGUGUCUGUCCUUGUACAACGUGCACUACUGUAUGAAAGUAUGGAAAAGUACAAGCUUGGGGCAGAAGACCUGAGGACUGUUCUGAAGAUUGAUCCUACUAAUAGGAUUGCAAGGAGUACCAUUCACCGCUUGACUAAAAUGAUAGACUAGAAAGAUUCUGCAAUUUAUAUUGUAUUUUAGCUUUUUUUAUUUAGGUUUGAUACCUUUCCCUUCUCAUUAAAUUUGCAGGGAAUGAUGGCAUUUUGCUUUAAUAUAUAUAUUUCAGUUGAUAA